UGCUUUUCUUGAAGACACAGACAAAAGAAAGGAAAGGAAAGGAAAGGAAAACAUUUCUUCCCUCGAUCUUUCCAAGUAACACUUAGAAAAUUAGAUUUUGCCUUUUAUUGGUCCAACUCUUUUACCAAUUACCUACAAAGGAAAGGAAAACUUUCCCUCCUUUGCUCCGAGCGAGAACAAGACUCAUUGGAAUCCAUCUCAACUCAGAUGGCGACCUGUCCUCGAGGGUUCAUCACCUACAACGCCACCCUCUGCGCGUGCCCACCUGGCCGCCUCCUCAACCGCACCUCCAACACCUGCUCUUUGUUCACUGCUAGCUCUGCCAUUCAUACAGAAACCGGAAUCGCAUAUUCUGCUUCUUUCCCGGAGACUAUCUUCUCUUUUGAUUCUAUCAAGAAGUUUACUCAGUCGCAGGCAGUCUUCUUGGAAGCUACUUCAGUUAUGCUGAUCUCUUGGCUUCUUUUUUGCUUAUUCUUGAGGUUUAUGAAGCUUGGUGAUGGUAGAAAUGUUUGGUUUAAGAUUAGGUGGUGGAUUAGUCGUUUGGAUGUUUGCUUUGCCACUAGGCAUUGGCUGGAUGAUCAGCAGGUGGUCGUGAAGCGAAAAACAGAACUUGGUGGAACUUUUUCUAUGGCAAGUUGGAUACUAUUCAUUGGUCUUUUUGCUGCGUUGCUUUAUCAAAUCAUAUCAAAGAGAACCAUUGAGGUGCAUAAUGUGAGAGCAACAAAUGCACCCGAUUUGGCUUCUUUUGUCAAUGACAUGGAAUUCAAUGUAACCACUGUUUCUAGUAUGAGCUGUUCAAACUUGCAUGGUCUUGGUAAUUUGGUUACAGGGAAUCCUGGCUUUAUUGACUACAAAGUUGUCAGUCUUACAAAUUUAGUGAAUUACACCUGCCAGAAUACAAGUACAGGGCCAACUCUAACUUUUAAGUGUAAUAACUGCCAAUUCAAUAAAGAUUUUAUGUAUAUUUCCUGGGAAUUCGUUGAUCUUCCAAAUGCUCCUGCCAGUGCUGUUGGUUUUCAGUUCAAUCUUACCAUUAGAAAUCAUGUGGAUAAAAGGCAUAUCAGUGUGGUUAGUGGUACACUAAAAAGUGGAAGUGCAUCAGAUGAUAGUCCAGUUACAUUCAGAGGGAGGGAUCCCAACGUAUUGAAAUUUAAUUUGUUUCCUCAAAUAUACCACAAUGUACGUGAUCUAAGGCUCAUCCAACCUUUAUUUCAUGAGUUUGUUCCGGGUUCAUUUUCUCGUGAUGCAACUCAUCUCCAAGCCUCCCUCCAAACUUCCAGUGAUGGACUAAUAAACACCACACUGUACGUCAACUACCUCUCUGCCUAUCUUGUUGAGAUUGAAAAACAAAACAUAAUGGGUCCAGUGAGCUUCCUUGCAGAUCUGGGUGGCCUAUAUUGCAUUAGUAUUGGCAUAUUUUUCUACUUCUUGGUGCAAUGUGAGUACAGAAUAAAAAAACUUCGCAAUGAAGAUAGCACCAUGCGAAACAUAAGACAUCGGCUAAAAGCUCAAAAACGCUGGGAUAAAUUGAGGAAAUAUGUAAUGUACACAUGGGGCUGUGGCAAAUGGGCUGAUGACCUUGAGAGCAGCAAACAGGGAUCCAGUUGCAGGUUUUUUGUGGCACCAUCUGUUCGUGGCAAUGGAUCCCUAUCAUCACGAAAGAGGACAUCACAAAGGAGAACAGAUGGUAUCCGUUUGAAUAGACGAAUUAGCAUACCUAGUGAAAAGAAUGUUGUUGAGGGAGACACCCAUACACAGAGAGUGAAAUCAUCUGUAGCUGGAUGCACAGUGAACACUGAAGGGAGGUUCCCUAAUUCAGGGGCACAACGUUCUCUGAUAGGUGAAAUUCUUGUCUCUUCAAAUGAUGGAACACAGCAUUCAGUUGGUUUAUGUGAGGGAGAUGCUUCACAGUCUCAUCCACAUUCAGUUACUCAUGAUAAUGUCAUUCCUUUGCCACCUCCACUAGAAUUCAAGGGUGGAUCUGAUGUAGAGAUUUCUGAUAUCCAGAAGAAUCUACAGAACUUGUACAACUACAAUGUCAUUCUGAGGGAAAAACUUCUUGCUACUCAAUCAUUGCUUCAUACUUUAACUUCGAAAUCUUCUUCUUCCUCGUCAGGCAACCACACUUAGCAUGGUAAAGUUAAAAAGCAAGUUAAAGAAGUUAUUCCACACUACUCGGACAACCAUCAGAGCUUUGUCAAUAGUGUCUGGAAAUGUCUACAGAGUUGGUCCUCAGAGAAUUAUUUGUCUACUAAUCGCUUGAGCAUCAGAUCCGUCCUAAUAUUACUUGAUAGAUAACACUUGAGGCAAAACCUGACUAUUUUUGAGGCCACUCCUCCAGGAACAAAGAUUGAAACUUUCACAUGGUACUGCAAUUGGGUUUGUCCAGGAACAUGGUCUUUAUACAAAGGACAAUUUGUUGGGGCGAGGGAUAGUAGAGCUUUCAUUUAUUUCUGGUUGAAUGAUUCAAGGGCCUUGCCCUUAUUUUCAGUUGUGGAAUUGCAAAAACAUGCAAUGAACGAUUUGCUCUUGCAUACUUGAGAGGGGAGGGGAAAGGGGGCGCUGAUUUGUAAUAUGUUGUAGUUAAGUAGGUUUUUUCUGGUUGCAUAUUCUUUACGAGAUUGAAUAUUUCAUUUUUUCAA